AAGUGACUUCACUAAAAAGCUGGUCUGUGUGCUUCAGAAAUUGCUUGUACUGGAGAAGAUAACUACCUAUGCUUCAAAAUGGAAGUGAGGAAGAAGAGUCCCCAAAAGUAUUAAUUUGAAUAAAAAUUAUUGUUCUUAAUUACUAAUUUCACUGACUGCUGGAAUAGUGGAAUUGCAUGUUAACCUCCAACCUCCAUGAUGCAGUUGUGUUUAUUUCCUGCUCUUGUGGAGAGGAAUAUAAAUGAAGAAUGAUGCAAUAUUAAUGAUUUCUAUGUACAGCCUUAUAAGAAUCUUCUUUAAGGAGUUGCAGUAAGAUAAACACUGAAAAUAAUUUUUCUCUGGUACAAUGUGGUGAAGCAGAGGAAUUGAAAUUGUCCACCUUUGUACAAGCUAAGGACUUAAAAUGUUUGUUAUUUUGUGAGCAGAAGCAGUUCUGGAGUGAAUUGAACUUCUGAAAAUGCGGCCAUGGACUGGUUCCUGGCGUUGGAUUAUGCUUAUCCUCUUUGCUUGGGGAACUUUACUCUUUUAUAUUGGUGGACACCUGGUACGAGACAGUGAGCACCCAGAUCACUCUAGUCGUGAGUUAUCCAAGAUCCUCGCUAAACUUGAACGGUUAAAGCAGCAAAAUGAAGACUUAAGGCGCAUGGCAGAAUCUCUCAGGAUACCAGAUGGUCCCAUUGAUCAGGGACCAGCUGCAGGAAAGGUACAUGCUUUAGAGGAGCAACUUCUAAAGGCCAAAGAACAAAUAGAAAACUAUAAGAAGCGGACAGGAGAUGAAGGCCUUGGAAAAGACCAUGAAAUACUGAGGAGGAGGAUUGAAAAUGGGGCUAAGGAACUUUGGUUUUUCCUCCAGAGUGAACUGAAGAAAUUGAAAAAUCUAGAAGGAAGUGAACUUCAAACACGCAUUGAUGAAUUUCUGUCUGAUUUGGGUCAUCAGGAAAGGAUUGCUGUGACAGUUUGUGUCUUAUCAGUAAACAGUUAUAAGAAAAUAGUCGAAUUAACUAGAUAUACCAUCUUAAACAAAUUGUUUUCCGUUGUUGUUUAUAGGUCAAUAAUGACCGACUUGUACUACCUCAGUCAAACAGAUGGAGCAGGAGAUUGGCGAGAAAAAGAGGCCAAAGAUCUAACAGAUUUGGUACAGAGGAGAAUAACUUAUUUACAGAACCCGAAGGAUUGCAGCAAAGCUAAGAAACUUGUGUGUAAUAUCAACAAAGGCUGUGGCUAUGGUUGUCAACUUCAUCACGUAGUUUACUGCUUCAUGAUCGCUUACGGCACUCAGCGAACGCUUAUUCUGGAGUCCCAGAAUUGGCGCUAUGCUACCGGUGGCUGGGAGACUGUGUUUAGGCCCGUGAGCGAGACAUGUACUGACAGAUCAGGUUCCACCACUGGACACUGGUCAGGUGAGGCUAAUGAUAAGGAUGUUCAGGUGGUGGAACUUCCCAUUGUUGACAGCUUACACCCACGGCCACCUUAUUUACCCUUGGCUGUCCCUGAAGACUUGGCUGAUAGACUAAUUCGUGUACAUGGGGAUCCUGCAGUGUGGUGGGUUUCACAGUUUGUGAAAUACUUGAUUCGUCCACAGCCUUGGCUAGAAAAAGAAAUAGAGGAAGCCACAAGGAAGCUUGGUUUCAAACAUCCAGUGAUCGGUGUUCACGUUCGGAGGACAGACAAAGUAGGAACAGAGGCAGCCUUUCAUCCGAUUGAAGAAUACAUGGUACAUGUUGAAGAGAGGUUUGAACUUCUCGCUCGCAGAAUGCAAGUUGAUAAAAAGAGAGUGUAUUUGGCUACAGAUGACCCUUCCUUGUUGCAAGAGGCAAAGUCUAAGUAUCCAAAUUACGAAUUUAUCAGUGAUAACUCCAUAUCCUGGUCAGCAGGACUUCAUAACCGAUACACUGAAAACUCCCUUAGAGGUGUUAUUUUGGAUAUUCACUUUUUGUCUCAGGCAGACUUCCUGGUCUGUACAUUUUCGUCCCAGGUUUGUCGAGUUGCCUAUGAAAUUAUGCAGACGUUGCAUCCAGAUGCUUCAGCAUAUUUCCAUUCUUUGGAUGAUAUCUACUACUUUGGGGGACAGAAUGCUCACAACCAGAUUGCUAUUUAUGCUCAUCAUCCACGAACUGCUGAUGAAAUUCCCAUGGAACCUGGAGAUAUAAUUGGAGUAGCUGGAAAUCACUGGGAUGGUUAUUCAAAAGGCAUCAAUAGGAAAUUAGGAAGAACAGGCCUGUACCCAUCCUAUAAAGUUAAGGAGAAAAUUGAGACAGUCAAGUAUCCUACAUAUCCAGAGGCUGACAAGUAGAUUAAAAGGAAGACAUUCAGCAGUAAUUCUCAAUUUUGAUUGGUUCGAACCAGCCAACAACACACUAACUAAUGGUUUAUAUGGGAUUUGAAUUUGCAUUUUAACAUGGAGUUAAAAUCAGAGCCUUUGCAAUGAAACUGGAUAAGAAGCUGAGAACAAAUGGAUGGGCUAUUAUCUGAACUUACUCUUAAACAUUUUUGUUAUAUGCACUCUCACACAUGCACACACAAACCCACAUAUAACAGGAAAACUGUUGUUUUAUACUUUUUGUCUCUUUUCAGGAUUUAUCCCAGUCAUUAGUCUUACGUGAGCUUUAGGCUCUUCUCUCUGCCAUUAAUUUACAAUAAUGUUCAGACUUAUAACACUGCCACAUUGUGUAAUAUGAGUGACAUGAACAUAUUUUGUAUGUGCAAAAUUUAAAACAUGGUGCCUAUAUUUGAAAAGUUUGUGACCUUUUUAGAAGAGCCAUGCCUAUUUCACAAUGGGCAAGAGUCAACUUUCAUCUGAUGUUACCGUGACCACUGAACUUGCUUCAAACAAGAUUCAGAUUUCAGACUAGAUUUCUUUACAAGUUUGGGGGUUUUUUUUAGCAUUCCAUUGAUUACUUCUCAUCACUAAUAAAAUAAAGGAUAAAUUCGACAAUAAAAUAGUCACUGUCUGUUAGGAACUUUUGUAAACAAUGCCAUGGACAGAUUCUUUAAUAGUGAUAAUGUUUCUGGACAUUGCUUCUGAUUGAGAAAUAAAACCAAAAACAACAACCCACAAAACCCACAAAAAAGGGAAAAAGUAGGUGGAGUUUCAUUGAAUUUUAAAACACUGUGUACUAUAACAGUGCUGCUCAGUUUUGUGGACAGUAGGUAACAGCAGAAUGACUUCAGUGACUAAAUUUCUUACAUUUACUCUCUAGCACUAUUUUUUUACCUUCUGUGUUUCUUGUCUGAAAUUAAUUCAGGUUUUAGAGUAUUAUAGGUGGCCUCUUAUCUUUUUGGCAUUGAGUGUAGUUACUUUGAAGUAAAAUACUUCAGGUUAUCCCAUUUAUAGAACCCGUCAAUCUGGACUACUUUAAAAAAAUCUAACAAUUUACCCCCAAAUAGUAGGUUUGAGAAAAAUAUACACAAGGAUGAAUUUUUAUGCAUGUCAUGAGGUUGUUAGUAAUUCUUAGUGUUUUGAAAUCUUUUGCUAGUCAGCUCUCUAUUAAGAAAAGAGAAAUCACAAAAUAAUUUUACAAACAAAUUCGUAGAUUUGGCGGUUGUAUAUAUAUAUAUAUAUACACAUAAUCAAAUAUAUAUAUAUAUAUAUAUAUGAAAUAUGCAAGAUAACAAGAGAUUGUUUCCAAAUAAGAAGAAUAUUAAUAACAUUUUAUAUAGGCUCUAGUGCAAUUCAGUCUGGAUUACUGGAAGUGCAGAAAAUGUUUACUGUUCAGGGACUGAGAAAAUGCCACGUGAGUAAAGAUUAAAAAAGCAUAGUUGGUUGACCUUAACAAAGCAAAAGUAUAUUUAAUUAUAUUUAUGAAUAGAUGAAGGAUAGUGUAAACAUAAUGAAUGGAGGCACUUGACCAUGAAUAAAUGUUAGGCUGAAAAAUAAAAGGAAAUCUCUGGCAGUGUGAAGUUCAG